AUCGCCCCAGACAAGACGCUCACAUGUGGAGGACAAAGUUGUGCAUUUUGAAUAAUCGAAUAUGAAAUCAUACACUGCAAUGCAGAAGGGUAGGUUAUUUUUGAAAAGCGGCGUGUGUAGCCUAUGUCCGGACGUCCUGAUAACGUGGCAGUUAUGCCAGGAAAGGUCUGUGGCGGCAUCACAGUUCCAGGUUAUCCGCUCACUUGUCAGCGCUCCUGGUCAACCACAAACAGGUGAACAACGAGCCUCUGAGAACAAGAGGGGUCUCAGAGCCAUUGACCUUGCCCGGCGACAACGAGAGUCAAAGGAAGAAGCCAGUGGCCCAAGAGGAAAAACACUAAAGAAAGCCAAUCUCAAAGAGGCGCAACCCGUUUCCCCGUUGCAGCGCAGAGUCGCAGAACUGAAGCAGUACAGUCAACAGCUGCAGAAUGUUCACCCAAACGUCCUUGCCAAGACCUUGCACAAAAGCAUUGUUUUCAAGAAUCAAGACUUGGUAGCCAUCAACAAACCUUAUGGAGUUCCAGUCCAUGAUACAGCAGAUGGCUCCACCAGUAUAGCAAGUAUUCUACCCGUGUUGGCUCAAAUGCUCCACGGCAUGAGGACAGAGAGGCAACUGCACAUCUGUCACAAACUGGACAAAAGCACCACUGGUGUUCUACUGCUUGGCCAAUCAGAGGAGGCCACAGAGCACAUCCAGAGCCUCUUCAAGGCUCUACAGGUGGAGAGAAAAUACUGGGCUGUAUCUGAGGGCAUACCUGUGCCAUCCGAGGGAGUUGUGGACAUACCCGUCAUCGAGAGAGAGGUCACUGGACCAAAACCUCACUUCAAGAUGGGCCUCAGUCCCCUGUUCCGUCCGAGUGAUGGAGGGGAGGGAGUGUCUCGGGUUCGAGCCAAUCGGCACGCCCACAGUGCUGUGACGCAGUACAGGGUGCUGGACAGCAGCUAUGGCUGCAGCCUGGUGGAGCUGCAUCCUGUCACAGAUGUGAAGGACCAGGUGCGCGUCCACAUGGCGUUGGCCCUCGGCUGCCCCAUCCUGGGGGACCACAAGUACGCACACUGGGAGAAACUGGCCCCUCAGCAACUGCCAAAGGGAGUGUUGCGUCACCUGGGCUUGGAGCAGAGUAAAGUUCGCCACCUCCCCCUCCACCUGCAUCAUCACCACCUCACUCUACCCAGCUUCAGGGGGCACGGAGACAUCACUCUAUUCUGCCGACUCCCCAAGUUCUUCACCAGCUCUGUGCAGAAGCUGCACCUGUCCUUACCAGAGAAAACAGGAAAUGAGGUUACCGGUACAUAAGACUCUUUAGCCUUUUGAGGGACGUUGACAGCUUUGACUGGGCCCCAGGGGGCAAAGUGAUCUGAAAGCUCAAGGGGAUGUGCAAUAUGAGCUUAUUUCCAAAAAUGGGACAGUAUCACUUUAAGAGGUGGAAGAAACGGUUGACUCAGAUGGUUUAACUGAAAGUGGCAGCAAAUGCAUAGAUAUGAACUCUUACGACACCAUGCUCAGCCUUUUUAGCGUGGCCCCGCUUUUGGGCGCUGCCUUCUUGGUCCGAUCCCCUAUGCUUUUAAUGAAUUGUUUUACCGCCACCUACAGGAUAAUGUGGUUAUUGCCUUGUCACUGAUUGAUGGCAGCGUUCGGUGAUCUGACUUGAGUCAUUCAUUCCAAUGCAAAGAAGUUGGUCAACACAGCAUGUAGUGUUCAUAUCAAGGGUAAUAGAGGAGCUUUAUGGAAGCCCAUGCCUACUCUAUUGUAGCCAGGAUCAUGGAUGGAUUUAUCCUCAGGUUCAGGAACCCAUGAAUGAAGUUCAAGAAAUGCACGCGACACACAAAUGUGACUACUUGGGUGCUGUUUCCUGAAAAUACCUAAUGUAAAAUCAGCGACAGAGUUCCCAGUCAUGCAAUUAAUGUUUAACACAAAGGCCUACAUAUACAAUAUUUAAUAAAAUGUUAUAAUUCCUUCCUCAAAAAUUAAUGUUCAAGUCAUUGCUGUGUAUUAAUGGUGUAUGUGGACCAACUGUAAUACACAUUUGAAAUGAUAUCAGGUUAAAUAAAAAUCACUCUGCGGGCCUGAGUUUGA